AUGAACCACAUCGAUGCGUGCAAAAAGUACCGUCUAAGGAAGACCGAUAUAUGUGGAGACUAUUCCAUGUCGCCAUGGAGAAGUUACACAAAUGGUAAAAAAAAAUGCACUGAACGUAGGAUGAACUAUCAAGGGGAUACGCUCAGAAGUGAAUCAUCUUCCAAACAAGAAGGAUUAAAUGGGAAGAAAAGAAAAAAUUCCCCUUCCCCCGUCGGUACUCAUCUUAAUAGAUCCAUGCUGGACAAAGGAAUUCAGACAAUUUGGAAUUUUCUAAACACAGAUGAAGACAAUUCUGUGGAUUUGUUCAACAUGGAUGCUUAUUCAUCCUUGACAGAAAGAGGAAAAAAAAAAUUUCAAAAAAUUAUUUUACCCUACCUCUUAUACAACGCGCAGAAUGUGGAUGAGCUGAAAAAUAUUUUAUUUGAGGAUGAGGCUAAUCCAAGUGGUGAGUUCCAUUUUAAGAAUGAGUGCCACGUGAAGAGAAUAGCUAACGAGAAUGACUUGUGCUUGUUGGCUAAACGGGAAGAGAAUAAUAUGCAGAUGAAGAAGUACUCCCCCGAAAUGUUGGUUAUAUCGAGAAAGGCCUUUUUUAAGAUAAUAGAGAGGGAAUGCUUUGAUAAAAAUGGAUUAGAACAGAAGAGUAAUGUACUACUGAGGACGAUCUUACAAAUGUGGAAAUAUAAGGACAUGUUCUUUUUCAAUAAUGGAAAGAAUGGCCUUCUGGAGGGGUACAUUUCGGAAGGGUACCUUACCCUUUCUGAUAGGAGGAAGUGGAGCAAGAUGAGCUUCAAAACAGGAGAACCUCUACUCUUGAGGGAAGACUACCAUUUGAUGGAAAAGGAAAAUGUUUUCAAUGAUGUCAUCCACGAGAGCAUAAUACUGUUGUCGAAAAAUAGUAGACUGAGAUGUAGCAAAGAGGUGAAGGAUCCACAGGAAGGAGACCCAUCAAAGGGCAAACUCAAAAGGAGGAAGUUCACUCAAAUGAGGUGUUCCAGAAGGGAAAAGAAAUGCAUAGACCCGAUGAGGAUAUUGAAGGCGUUCCUAAAAAAGGACGCCAAGGGGGUAGCGAAAAACAAAGCGCUAAGCGAACUGCGUGAAUGCACGUUUCAGCCGAAUGUUCGGAAAUUUGUGGAAGACCAAGUGAAACGCGAGGCACGGGAAAAAAAAAGGCAGAUGCACAUCAAAGCGUGUGCCGACACAAAGGUCGAUGCAAAGGUGGACGCAAAGGCCGAGGGAGAGGAUCUGUUCAAAUGGGGGGGUGGUCACAUAACAAGCGAUGUGCAUAAACACCUGUUGGAAGAGUACUCAACCGAGCAUACGAAUGCAGGGAUGGAAGAUGAGUGCGUCGCGAAGUAUCUCCAAAUGUGUUGUCUGGCCUAUGGGGUUGAUAUGGAAAAAGAGUCCAAACGAAGUACAUAUAAACGUCACGAUAGCACGCGGCAACCAACGCACAGGGAGAGCAGGAAGAUAUGGCGCAGCAAGACACCAAAGAAAAGUAAUUACCCUUUCGAAGCAACUAUGAUGGGUGCGAAGAAAAAUGCUAAUGUUAGAACUCUGAAUGGGAAAUGUACCUGGGUUGAUGGGCUCCGCGGAGGUUACAUAAGUAAUUACUUUAACUUCUCUGUUACGGACAAAAAUAGUGCACUGUGCGGAUUGGCUAGUUGCAAACCCGAUUGCAGUAGGGACAUAAGAUUGGAUGGCAGAAGGCUAAAAACGAAAGUUGUACCUAAUGUGGACUUAUUGAACGACAUGCUUGGUUCACCCUUUUCAAAUGUAAAUUGCAUUACCAAGGGAAAGGAUGACCUUCCUGAGGGGUCGCUUUUUCCAAGUUGUAAUAGCAGGCUUGUUGAUGCCAAGAACAAAAUUGACAGUGAUAGAAUCAUCAACCAUGGUGGGAAAAAAAAACAACCACCCAGGACUAAUCAACCUUUUCUUCCACUUCACAACAGUGGACUGACAAGUGCAAAAUGGGAAUCUCGAAACGUGAGAGCUGAGGUAAGCAACCAGCUAGGCGGGAAAAUAACUGCAGGGUGUUCUUCAUUUGCGCCAAGUGACCCUCCGAAGGUCAUUGCGGUGAAGUGGGAAAAGUCACUGGACGAUAUAGAGAAAGAGCUGUUGUGCUUGCCGCAGUCGGUCCGCCUUGUACAGAUUUGUUAA